AUGAAACCCCAACUUGAAGUGGAAGGAGAUAUGCCGAGAGAAUCGGCGAUUAAAAGAUGUAACGUUGUGUUGGAACGUAUGACAAGCGCUACCCCAACACCAACUACAGCUACUGGUGGAACGGUCAGCCGUUCUUUUGCGGUUACAGAUGCUGCUGCAGAGUCGGACUCUCCGAACUCUAUGACGAGCAUCAAUUCGCGAACUGCUAUGAGCCCCCUGGCUCGUCGGGAGGCUCUAUGCACACCAAAUAAGGAGUCACGUUUUUGGCGAUGUCGAAAGCGUUCUCGGUUGGAUGAUGGAAGUUCUAGUGAUACUUCCAUCCCGUCCUCCUCGGGAAGAAAACCUCGAACAGGCUUGCGCAAGGCGCACAGGCUAGAAAAGGAUACCCAAGCGGAAGAAGAACCAAGAGUGUCAGGCUCAGGAGAUCCAGAGCCAAAACCUGUGCGUUCACCCGCGAUUUCGCUGCACACCACCGUAGCAAACACAGCGACUGAAGAGGUACGGAAACGAAUUGAGGUAAACUUGGCGACGGUGGAAAAGAUCGCCAAAGCGUCCAACCACCUAAAGACAACCUACGUGGCCGACCUUAGAAACGCUGCUAAGGCGAUUAGAGAAGAUGCUGAUUCCCUUGCGUUUAGAACGCUAACUGAGGAAACGAGUGCGCUUCGCGCAGAAAAUGAGCGGUUGCGCAUAAGGCUAGACUUUCUCCAAAAUGAGAUGAGAGAGAUGCGACUGCUCAUGCAUCGGGGCCCGGUUGCGCCUGCACAAACGACGGAGCUGUCGCGGGAUUUCGAAUCUAGAAUGAUUCGCCAAUUAGAAGAGCUUAUCGAUGCGCGGCUUAAGAGUUUGCAGCCUCAACCAAAUCCGCAAUCGCAACUCCGCCUCUUCAAUGCGGCGGAUAAGGCGGGAAACCAGGUCACUGGUAUGCGUCAGGAGAGUUGUUCUGAAGUUUUAGAGGAUAUGAGACCAAGAGUAAGAGCAACAAAAACUCUAUCCAAAAUUGCUCAGGAUGUGUCAAAAAACAAAGAAGUUGAUGGAAAAAUGAAAGGAGACAAGAAAAAGAAGAAGGAGAAGAAAAAGGGAAAGGGUUCAACGAUAAAGGAUAAGGAAAUACGGAUAGAAGAACCUGCGCCUACUCUCUCCCCCGCAGUCGUGGCUCCCACAAGCCGAGACGUGGAGUCGCCCGCUAUACCUACAGCCACCUCUUCUGGCGAGGGAUGGACAGUUGUGGCAAAGAAGGGUAGGGCGAGCGCGAACAAAGCUCAACAGGCCAAACUCGCUAGGCACACGGUGGAAUCGGGUAAGGCGUCUCAAUCAGCCAAACCAAGGCUAAGGGCUCCGAGGUCCGCGGCAGUCGUGCUGACAAUUCCAGCUGAGGCUCAGGCCAAUGGUGUUACGUACGCUGCGGUUAUUAAAGAAGCGAGAUCCAAAGUUGACCUGAAAGAGGCCGGAAUUGAAUGUGUGAAAUUUCGCCAGGCGGUCACGGGAGCCACUGUUAUACAGAUUGCUGGACCUGGCAGUAGCGAUAAGGCGGACUUGCUGUCGGUCAAACUGAAGAACAUCUUUAAGGACCAAAACAUAAAAGUGUCUAGGCCUGUUAAAAUGGCGGAUUUACGCGUGUCAGGCCUAGACGCGUCUAUUACAGCGACCGACCUGAAGGAAGCCAUAGCUAUAAAGGGCGAAUGUUCGGCCGAACAGAUCAGGGUGAGCCAAAUUCAACAGGACAAAACCGGACUGUACGCAGCAUGGGUAAACUGCCCUAUUACAGCGGCUAAAAAAGUCACCGAGUCGCGUUUCCUCGUUGGAUGGGUCGCAGCGCGGGUAAGUGUUCAAAAGCCACGGGAGCUGCGUUGCUUUCGCUGCCUCGAAGUCGGUCACGUUGCAAACCGUUGCGCUACGGAAUGCGAUCGUAGCCGGCUGUGCUAUCGCUGCGGGCAGCCGGACCAUAAAGCCGCAAACUGUACUGCUAAGCCGAACUGCAUAGUAUGUGCGGCUGCAGGCAGGAAAGCGGACCAUCGGUUGGGUGGCAGUGGCUGCUCAGUUGACAAGGCGCCUAAAAGAAGACCCAAUAAUCCAACUGCGGGCUCCCAGGCGGAAGGAACAAAUAUGGAGACUGUAGAAAUCGUUACAGCGUAA